AUGUCAGAGGCAGCCAACCAAACAGUGUUAUUAGUUGACGCCAUAGUCAAGGAAAUAUUGGAAGAGGGAUCAGCCGACGGAACAGUUUCACUUAAUGAGGGCAUAGCAAAGCGAAUAGAUAAACUCGAUAAGGCCGUACUCGAUGACAACGAAAUCGAGCGAAAAUUCCUACCCGAUACCGCCGAACCCGUAACCUCCAUCCCCGAGAUGAACUAUGCACAAGCCAAGAAGGAGUACUGGAGAGUGAAAAUAAUGUCCAUUCUUAUCGCCAAAAUCAUAGGGUCCCCUAAGACAUACAGUGUCGACCUAUUCGACGAAUUCCAACAUUUUAAACAACGUAUGGAACUCAUCGGCGACAGACUUAAAGUUUUGGAUUCGAAGUAUUGGAAGCCGUACCUCGAUGGCGAAGCGCAAGCGUUUGCUAGGAGAGCUCAUCUCGAUCCCCAGGGUCGUAUUGCGGCCAAUUCAGUGAAUGAUGUUGAUUCUCGGUUACGAAUGGCAGUGGAGGUAUUCACAACACAUUCGCCAGCUGUUUUUGGUCCUACUCUACCACCAGGAUUUGCACCAGCACCACAAUCAUCAUCGGAGCGGAGAGAUUAA